UCCUCGAACCUCGAUUGUUCGCGUGUUGGACCAAUGGGUCGAAGAAGGCCGACAAGUCAAACAGUCCGAUCUCCAAACGCUUAUCAAGCAGCUCAGGAAGUUUGGUCGCUUCAACCAAGCUCUGCAGUGUAAUGCAACAGUUGUGCGAAUGGGUACGUAAUGAAAGGAACCAAUGCCUGUCGACUGGGGACAUUGCUGUUGAGUUGCACUUAAUUUCAAAAGCUCGUGGUUUGGAACAAGCUGAGAAGUAUUUUAGCAGCAUUGGGGAAUCUUCAAGAGAUCAUAAGGUUUAUGGAGCACUUCUACACUGUUAUGUAGAGAAUAAAAAUUUGAAAAAGGCAGAGGCAAUCAUGCAGAAAAUGAGGGAAGUAGGAUUUAUGAAAACACCACUUUCUUAUAAUGCCAUGUUAAACCUUUAUGCUCAUCUCGGUAAACAUGAGAAACUUGCUGAAUUAUUGAAAGAAAUGGAAGAAAUGGGAAUUGGUCCGGAUAGAUUUACAUAUAAUAUUCGUAUGAAUGCUUAUGCAGCUGCUUCCGAUAUAACAAACAUGGAAAAGCUUUUGUCAAAAAUGGAGGCAGAUCCACUAGUUGCUACGGAUUGGCAUACUUAUUUUGUCGUAGGAAAUGGAUAUUUCAAAGCUGGUCUUUCUGAAAAUAGUAUAUUGAUGCUGAAGAAAGCAGAACAAUUCAUUGGUGACAAGCAAAAAUGGCUUGCAUACCAAUAUCUCAUGACACUAUAUGCUGCUAUUGGAAAUAAGGAUGAGGUGUAUCGGGUUUGGAACUUGUACACGAAUCUGCAAAAGAGAUUCAAUUCCGGAUAUCUUUGUAUAAUAAGUUCAUUAAUGAAACUGGACGAUAUCGAUGGUGCUGAAAGAAUCUUGAAGGAAUGGGAAUCAGGGGAUACAUCUUUUGAUUUCAGAAUCCCAAACAUGAUGAUAAAUAGUUAUUGUACGAAGGGAUUUGUGGAUAAGGCCGAAGCAUAUAUAAACAGGCUUAUAGAGACUGGCAAGGAACCAGAAGCAAAUACUUGGGAUCUACUGGCAAGUGGAUAUCAUUCUAAUGGUUUGACGAAUAAAGUAGCAGAAACUCUGAAGAAAGCAAUCUCAGUUAGUCCACCUCAUUGGAAGCCUAAGUAUCAUAUCUUGGCCGCAUGUCUUGAAUAUUUGAAAACAAAUGAAAAUGUGGACUUGGCAGAGGAAAUCAUAGGGCUCCUUUGCAAACGUGAUAUUUUUCCCUUAAACAUUUGCAAGAGAUUAGAAGAUUAUAUCCGCAGUGAAAACCAAAACUCAAUCAAGUGCCUUGAUCUACUUGGCCUGAAAGGUCAGAAUGAGGAACCCGAUCAAGUGUUAGAUUGAAACAAGCUCGACUUUGCUGAGCUAAAGCAUGAAGAAACUUCUGAUUGUAACUCAAUUUUUUUUUCUCUUUCUACCAUUCUCCUUUGUUAUAGUGUAGUGUAGCAUUAACUGUUUUCAAUGUUCUUGAAAUACCCAUGUAUUUGGAUUUUAUGAUUGGGAAAACCUAUCUUCUUCUAGUAAUCAGUGUACUGGGGAUUUGCAUCUACAAUUUUUUUUUCCUUGGAACAUCUUUUUUUUUCUUUUUA